AUGAAUGAGGCUCCAGCGGUUCGCUCUCCUCUCGGCUCCACAGGACCCGCUCUGGCAAAGCGCACUGAGCUGCACCAGAGGCGUCCACAUCCGCGUGCCUUCACCUGGGCACCUCGGAUCCCAGGCUUCCCUAUGGAAAUUCCAGCUAAGGUUCAGGCUGGGUUCUCGCCCCUAGGAUCUGCCCCGACUGACAUCUGCCCUGUGCCCUGUGCCCCUCGCAGGCCGGUCCCGCAGGCCGGGCGUGUGGCGGCGGCGCCAUGGCGGCGCCCGCGGCCCAGGGCGGGCCCUGCGGCGCGCGCCGCCUCCGUCAGGUGGCGCCAUUGCCGCGGGCCCGGCCCGGCCCGGGCGGCCCCGGCUGAGGGCGGGGGGCCGCCGUCAGUCCGCCUUGUCCUGUUGUGGCCCGGUGAGUCUGAGGACGUGAGCGGUGAAGCAGGAGCCAAGAAAUGGAAACAGGUACCCAAGGAUGUGGCCAACAUUUUUAAUACCCCCAGUGACAGUGAAGAUUUUCCAGGAUUCCAAGAUGAUGCUUCCAAACAGAGCUUCUUGUCAGAGGACAAGUGUGCCAGUUUGGAUUCUGUGGAGACUGGAAAAGAGGGGCUCCGGUUUCAGUCCAGAUACCUCACCAAAGAGCUGCUGGGGAUUUUCACUGAGGACACUGACUCUGAAACUGAAGUGUUUGAGGGCUUCGCUUCAAACGAGGUGCAUGUGAACAAGAAAGAAGUUCUGGUGGUGGAGUCAGACUUGAGUGACGAAGAACAUGAUAAUUUGUUGGGUAAUGAGAAAGAAGAGGAGGAAGAGAUGAAGAAGGUUUCCCCCAAGAGAAGAAGCUUUGGCCUUCGUGUUGCUUUACAGUUUCCCACCAGGAAGUCAUCUGAGAAAAAAGAACAGGCUUUGUCUGAUUUACCUGUAAAGGACUGUGAAUCCCUCACACCUCUCAAGCAGUCGGACAAAGUAGAGGGCUCUGCUUCAGAGUCUGAAGAAGACAUUAAAGAAAUAGAGGAGGAAAGUUCCAAUGCAUUGCUUAAGAGAGCCAUAAAUAUUAAAGAAAAUAAAGCCAUGCUUGCCCAGCUGCUGGCAGAACUGAAUUCCGUACCGGACCUGUUCCCAGUGAAAAUGCCAUCCUCAACUCCUUCAAGGCAGAAGAAAACCCCAAGGAGGACAUUCUCUGAAGGCCAGAUAACACGCCGAAUGAACCCAACCAGAACUGCUCGUCCACCAGCAAAUUUUGCCUUGGAAAAAUUUACUGUGUCAGCUGUCAAACUUGCAGAACACAUCUGUAGCUACAGACAACAAAACCUCCUGAAGAGACUCAGUGUGAGGGAUUGUGGAGCACGCAAAAGAAGGAGAUCAUUGAAGUACUCGUCUCAUCGCCCGGUAGAAGACAUAACUGAGGAGGACUUGAACAACAUUGCAAUCACUGUUAGAGACAAAAUCUAUGACAAAGUUCUUGGUAGUACUUGCCACCAAUGUCGACAGAAGACAACUGAUACAAAGACAAUCUGUCGCAAGCAGGGCUGUGGAGGAGUCAGGGGGCAGUUCUGUGGCCCCUGUCUUCGAAAUCGAUACGGUGAAGAUGUGAAGUCAGCUCUGCUUGAUCCAGCCUGGAUCUGUCCUCCGUGUCGCGGGGUGUGCAACUGCAGCUACUGCCGCCGGCGGGACGGGCGCUGUGCCACCGGCAUGCUCAUCCACCUGGCCAAGUUCUACGGCUACAGCAACGCCAAGGAGUACCUGGAAAGUUUACAAAAACAACUGCCGGAUGACAAUUGAGAGCACUGGACUCAAGCCAUGCCUGAAACUGGUUAAUAUGUUAACAGUUUGACUUCAGAAGUUUAUUACUAUGUUUUACAUAAAAUAGAAUUGUAGUAUAUAGCGUAUUCAUUUCUGUAUUGGAAACCUUCUGAUUGAUAUGGUCUUAUGCAAAAGAUCUCUCAGGAAGAUGUUUUGGUAGAGAAAUCUACAUGCACAGACCUAUAUGUUAAGUGAAAUGGCACUCUUGAACCUUGAGUGGUUAAUUUUUAAUAGAGCUACACAACCACAUGAUGGACAGCUUGAUCAAAAUGAGCAAUAUUUUUAUUUAUAUAAUUGUGCAAGUUUUCAGAAAGGGUGUUUAACAGCUACCUUCAAAGCAGCCCAUCUUCAAAGAAACAAAACACCCUUGUCUACCAGCUUGACCAUAAAGAUCCAUUUUUCCAGCUCUGCCUUCUGAACCUGUUUCACCACCUGUAGUUUAUAGAACUUGUCCUUGCAAAGAAGGAAAAGGUACUUUCAUCUGAAUGCCAUUAUAUUCCAGCCAAAGGUGAUGCAAUCGACCAGUGCAAGGAUGGGUUUUGAAAAUUUUAUUCCAAAGUGCAAUUAUUCACCAAAACAUGAAAGUAGAAGAGUGUUUAAAAAGAAUUUAAAAAUAUCCCAGUAAAAAAAUCCAACAAAACUUCUCACCAGCAGUUUUUGUGUAAUGCACCUGCUGUCUGAAGCAUCUACCCACCUGUCAUAACUGUUCUAUAUCAGAGUUCAGGAUUAAGUUUUUUUACAGUUCAUACUUAGAUAUUUUUGCAUUUGUACAACCAGGCUUUCAAACAACUGUGUUUAAAUGCAAGAUAUUUGUAUUGCAUGUUAAAGUAUGUUAAAAUCCUGUAAUAUACACAUUUCUUUUUAUGUAGAGAGAAUAAAGACUGUUCUAAAGAAGA